CUCUGCUGCCACUAAAAACACCUCUCCGGCUGUCGCCGUCGUACUGCUCUCCUCCUCUCUUCGUCUGCUGUCUAAUUCGCGGCCGGCGAGAAAGCUUCCAGUGGGGGCGCAUUCCUCAUUCGGUGCAGCCCUGCGAGCGCCCACUCCAGCCUCGACUUCCUUCGUCCGACAGCCUUUUCUCCUCCCUCAUCAGCCUUGCCCAACAGCCCGCAAUAACCUCGACCACGGGACGGACUGGCGCCGUGAAAGCUGAAAGCCCUCUCAGGACCCUUCUUCGCGCUCUCGACGACAGCACGAGCACGAGGUACUACUGUACCAAACAGGCUCGUCGCGUGGUGCGCAGAGCAUCACCUUCCAGCCCAGCCGAGCUAGCCAUAUUGUCCGCCUCGAGGCCUGCAUCUCGGUCUUGUCUCGCAACGAGACCAUCGGCAUCCCGACUGCACCUCGCCCAAGCUGCUGCCAGCUUGGGUCAACAUGAGCAUCCCGCAUUGAGAGACUCCUCUUCCCGCACCUGUCUGUCAUAGCGGCACUCCGCCAGCAGUAUGGAGACCACUUUCAUCUCCAUUCACGACCUCAGCGACAAUGCGACCAUCCUCUAUACCUCGGAUUCGGUGGUAGACGUCUUGGGCUACACACCAGAUGAGAUUGUCAAUCACUCCGCGUGGGAGCUCUUUCCCGAGGAUGAGAUUCCCGAUGCCCAGAAAUUCCACCGCAAGCGCGUCAACACCGAUAGGGCCGCUGUGCUGGCCUACGUGCGCGUGCGGAAUCGUGAGGGCGCAUGGAUUGGCUGCGAAGUGUGUAUGACGGUCGUCUACGAUGUCAUUGUCGUAUGUACCAGUGUCUACAGGCGCGGCCUCAAGUCAGAGAAACGUGCGUUGGAGGCACCCAUGGUCCGCCGCAUAUUCUCGUCGUCGCCCAAGGACCCGAGAUAUCACAUGCUGUCCCACUUGUCGACCAAAUUCUCACAGCCACUAAAACAGGACCAGCUGCAUGAACCUCGUGCAGCUUUAUUCCUCAAUCGAUUCACCAGGACUUUGACCAUCAUGUACGCCACGAGCGGACUCAACGAAGUCAUCGGCAUUCCAGCAGAGGCGAUGCGCGGGCGCAGCUUCUACUACUGCAUUUCCGAAAAUUGUCUGCAAGACGCUGUCAAGUGUCUGGAGAAUGCCAAAGGCAACGAUUCAAUAGCCUAUUUACGCUUCUGGUUCCGCGAUCCACGGAUAGACGACGACCCGGUCGAAGACGAUAGCAGCGACGAAGAGAUGACGACGGAUGCUAGCGAAGAAGGCGGCGUAGUGCUUGACAGCGGCGAUUCCAGUGUGCGUCCGGCUAGCGCCAAUGGCAUGGACAUCGAUAGCGACGAGUCACAUAAGGACUCGCGGCAUUCUUCCGGCGAUAGCACACUGGCUGCCGAUACCCACGAGGCAAUUUUCGGCCAUGCUCGUCGCGCAGAGUCGUCGACUUCAUCUCUCGGCCAGUCGCCUCCACGAGAUGGCGCGGCUGCUGCUCCGAUCCUUAGAGACCCCAUUGAGCUGGAGGCAGUGGUAUCAUGCACAUCUGAUGGCCUGGUGGUAUGUUUGCGAAAGGCACGACCUUUAAUCCCUCAUCCGACACAACGGCCAUCUCAGCCUGUACACCGGAACGGCCUGUUCGCAGCACCUUGGGCGCACCAGGCAGUACUUCCCCCAAUGGAGGCCAGAGCGGGGACAGGAUAUGGUCCAACAUUUGCGCCCGCGCUUGGACCGCAGGGCGCCCGUCGCGAUGUCCACCCGCAGCCACAAGCGGCUGGUCCAAGUCAGAUGGACUACAUGGCCGCCAUCCGGGAGCAAGCUGUCUUCGCCUGGGCACUCACCGGUAUCAACGGUAUGCUGGCAGAAUAUGGACACGGUAAACCGACUGGCGAAUCAGUGCCACAGGAUGGUCUUCCAAUCUGGGAGAGCGACCAUAAGAAACAAAAGUUGUAUCACGAUAGCACCGACGGCGAGUUUGGGAAGGGCCGACCAGCUCACAUUUUUGGCGAUCCUGGGAUAGAUCGCAAUAGCACGAAUGGUAGUCGUGGGAUGAAAUCGAACGGAUACUCGAGCAUCUCGCCUCCGGAUCAGACCCCACGAUGAAACACCUUGGAAGCUACCCAAUCGUGCUCUUUGAGCUCUGACACGACGACCACCGGUUCUCUGCCGAAAACGAAACGACUUUCUCACGAGAUACCCAAAUGAGGUUCUGGUAUCUGUUCAGCAUUUUAGCGUGUACGAAUGACGGCUGUUGCAUCCAUAUGGCGCAAGAGGCGCGAGAUUGGAUACUAUCACUUUCCGAUCAGUGGCAAAACUUUUGAAUAUCACGAAAAGUCCUGCACGAGAUGUGCGAACGCAUUGCGAUGUGGAGCAGAGAAGGAAUUGCUACUUCUUCAGGUACUAAUUCAGAGUUGAGAUCUCGACCACUCAUCAUCAGUGUCGAUACGAUCAGAAACUAUCCCGUGCCUGCGCCAACCGCACCCUCAAUAUCCUUCCCUUCCACCACACGCCUCUCUCCUCGCCUCCCUUUCUCCCUCUGCAACUCCCCCAAAAUCUCUCCAGCAACCUCAAUCGCCUUCUCCGGCAACCCCGCCAACCUCGCCACCUUCAACGCAUGCGAAUCCCGAUUAACCCCUUUCCUCAACUGAUGCGCAUAAACCCAACUGCCAUCAUCUUUCUCCACCACACUCGUACAAUAACAUUCCAACCCCUCAAACUCCCUCGUCAUAUCGGCCAAUACAUGAAAAUGCGUCGCAAACAGUGUCCUGCUUUGAUUCACAUAAAACAAAUGAUGUAAACAAGCAUAACCUACUGCGAUCCCAUCUUCAGGCGUCGUACCUCUUCCGACUUCAUCCAUAAUAACAAACGACCUCGGGGUAGCUUGUUUGAGGAUUUCAG